AUGCUGGAAACAUCGACGCAGCCAAAGCUCACAAAGAAGCAGCAGAAGGCGGCGAGCUUCAAGUCGUCGAAAAAGUCAAAGGGCGCACGCCACGUCCCAGACGGAGGCGACCUGCCACAGAUGGACGACGACGACGAUCCCAUCCAGCCAGAGGGCAUCCUCGAUGCUCCCGUCGGCGGCAAGGAAAACAAGGGGAAGAAGAGCAAAAAGACUGACAAGCCAGACGAGACCGAGGCUGCGGCGGUAGUGGACGACGAGGUGCAGGCCGACAAGCGGCCAGAGGCGGCCGAGGGCAAGAAGGACAAGAAAAAGUCAAAGAAGAGGAAGAUCGACGAGGCGCAGGCCGACGAGGACCGGGAGGACGUCGAGCCGGCCGCAUCCCCGACCAAGAAAGACAAGAAGAAGAAGAGCAGGAGUGCCAAGGCCAACGAAGACGUCGCACCGGCAGGCGCCAAGAAGACGACUUUCGGCGACGACGGACAGGUUGCCAGCGAGCAGGUGGCGGAACCCACCGCUGGCGCCACCACAUCCAGCAACGAUGCCGAUGCGAGCGGCAGCAGCAACAACAAGCUCAUCCUGUUCGUCGGCAACAUGUCCUUCGACCUGACGUCGGCGGACAUUGCCUCGCACUUUGGCGGCACGUGCGGCGAGACGCCGUCGGUACGCCUCCUGACGAAAAAGGGCGACCCGGCGGCGCUGGCGUCGCUGUCCAAGUCCAAGCAAAAGUCGAUCGCCAAGGGCAAGGCCAAGGACCCGUCGGCGCCGCAGUCCAAGGGCUGCGCGUUCCUCGAGUUCAAGACGCACGCCGCCGUGCAGAAGGCGCUGCGCUUCCACCACACCAUGCUCGGUGGGCGGCAGAUCAACGUCGAACUCACCGCGGGCGGCGGCGGCAAGAGCGCGGCGAGGAAGGACAAGAUUGCCAAAAAGAACCAGGCGCUCGAAAAGGAGAGGCAAAAGAUCCACGAGUCCUUUGUCGCUCCCGCCGCAGCGUCGCACAAGGCCAAGCAGGCCGAAGCAGCCGCAAGGGGAGAGGGAGGACCGCCCAAGAAAAAGAUGCGGUCCGACUCGGCAGGCGGCGAGGGCGGAGCGCAGUGGGGCUCUCGACGUGGCGGUGGUGCUGGCCAAGGGUCACGGGGUGGUGCUAGAGGUGGAGCUCGCGGCGGACGAGGUAUGCCGCGGUUCGCCGCCAGUGGCGCCAACGCUGUCCGCAUGGCCAGCUCGUAG